AUGGCCUCGUGUGUCCGCAGGAGCGAUGGCCGAGCAAUCAACACGUCCAGGCCAUUCGAUGUUGCGUUGCUACGAGUCUUGCGACAGGACAACGUGGACCCUUUGAAGGAAGUGGAAGUUCGGAGGAUUCCGACCUGUGAGCUCUUCUGCCCAAGCCCACCACCCCCUCCAGGUUACGUCAAGCUUCAUGACCUGUUGCUAGUGGAUGAGAACGGCACAGAGAUCAACAGGGAUCCGGCCUACACCUGCGCAUCUGGCUGGACGGGAACACCCAAUCACACCUGCUCCAUAAACAGUACUACUUGUGCUGUUCCAGUGAGCCUACAAGGGUGCUUCCAGAUGCUGCCGUGCAAGCCUAUCGACCCUCGCUCCUUCGACGUGUGCACUUUCAACAUCACAGACUGUGUGGAGAAAAGCCAGACAACUAUCGCGGAGUACACCGGCCCUGCACCCGGUGCUGCGUGCCAGCUCUCGUGCAGGGAACCGAUGCGAGGCAAGGGCGUGGCUUCUGUGAUCUGGGCAUAUCUGGGCCAUCUGGGAGUUUCCGCACAGCCCUUUUUUGGGGGUUUCCUUGCUAUUGUGUCAUUAGGGUAUCUCAGGGGAUCCCCCAUAUUGGGAAAUGCCCAUUUUCUGUGCCUCAGCCCACCGCUGUGCAUGGCCUUCCUGCAGGUGACUACACAAAUGCCUCCUGCAUUGACCGUAACAUCGAUCCCACCAGAAGGAUGCAAUAUGACUUGCCGACGUUGCUUGCUUGCAAGUGGAGUGAGGUGGAUGCUGCUGAAUAUUGUCUGCUGA